GAUCGUGCCCCGGAGGAGGGCGCCGCCGACGUGCGGGAAUGUGACUGCCCUGCGCCGCCCCGAGCGCCCUCGCUCGGCUCCCGGGGAGCCCGGCGGGCGGGCCGCCACCCGCAGGUCCCGCGGGGCCGCCCAGGAGAACAUGAAAGUGUUACUCAGGCUUGUUUGUUUCAUAGCUCUACUGAUUUCUUCUCUGGAAGCUGGUAAAUGUGAGGAACGUAAAGGACCAAUAAUUUUAGUUUCUUCUGCUUAUGAAAUUGCUGUUCGUCCAUGUCCUCUUAACCCAAAUGAAAACAAAGGCACUAUAAAUUGGUAUAAAAAUGACAGCAACACAUCUAUACCUAUGGAAAGAGGCUCCCGGAUCCAUCAGUACAAAGAUAGGCUUUGGUUUGUCCCAGCUAAGGUCGAGGAUUCAGGAAAUUACUAUUGCACAGUGAGAAAUUCAACUUACUGCCUCAAGAUUGAAGUAACUGCAAAGUUUGUACAACAUGAACCUGACUUGUGUUACAGUGCACAAGCUAUAUUCGAACAGAAACUAAUUAUUGCAGGAAAUGGACAACUUGUGUGUCCUUAUUUGGAUUAUUUUAAGGAUGAAAACAAUGAGUUACCCAAGAUAGAGUGGGAUAAGGACUGCAAACCUCUACUUCUUGACGAUGCAAACUUCAUUGGAGAAUCAAAUAAACUCAUCAUCAUGAAUGUGACCGAAGCGCAUAAAGGGAACUACACUUGCCGUGCAUCCUACACGCUCCUGGGAAAGCAGUAUCACAUCAGCCGGGUGAUCAAGCUUUUAACUCUUGAGGAGAAGAGGCCCCAGAGCCCUGAGAUUGUGAGUCCGGUGAACAAGACGAUGGAAGUGGUCCCGGGAUCCCAGCUGCAGUUGGUAUGCAACGUCACUGGCCCUGUAACUAACUUUGUCUACUGGAAGUGGAACGGGUCGCUGAUUGAUGAUGACGACCCGGUGCUGGCGGAAGACUACAUACAAGUGGAAAAUCCUGCAUCCAAAAACAGGAACACGGUCAUCCUAAUACUCAAUAUUUCAGAAGUGAAAAGUAAAUUUUAUCUGUAUCCAUUUACCUGUGUAGCCAGGAAUAAAUAUGGAAUAAAUGCAGCAUAUAUCCAAUUAAUACACCCAGUCCCCAGUUUCCAGAAGCACCUGAUUGGUAUAUUCGUCAUGUUAACAGUAGUGAUUACCAGCUCUGUUUUCAUCUAUAAAAUCUUCAAGGUUGACAUUGUGCUUUGGUACAGGGAUUCUUGCUAUGAUUUUCUCCCGAAAAAAGAUUCAGACGGAAAGACCUAUGAUGCAUACAUACUGUAUCCAAAGACCCCUGGGGAAGGGUCCACCUCUAAUUCAGAUAUUUUUGUGUUUAAAAUCUUACCUGAGGUCUUAGAAAAACAGUGUGGAUACAAGCUGUUCAUUUAUGGAAGGGAUGACUACGCUGGGGAAGACAUUGUUGAGGUCACAAAUGAAAACAUAAAGAAGAGCAGAAGGCUGAUUAUUAUUUUGGUCCGGGAAACGUCGGGAUUCAGCUGGCUGGGGAGUUCGUCUGAAGAGCACAUCGUGCUGUACAACGCCCUCGUUCAGGAUGGGGUCAAAGUCGUCCUGCUGGAGCUGGAGAAGAUCCAGGACUAUGAGAAAAUGCCCGAGUCCAUCCAGUUCCUCAGGCGGAAGCAGGGGGCCAUCCGCUGGUCAGGGGACUGGACGGCGGAGAGGUCACAGUCUGCAAAGACAAGGUUCUGGAAGAAGGUCCGCUACCACAUGCCUGCUCAGCACCCCAAGGCCCGACUCCAGGGCGAGACUGCGAGGGGAGGGCCCCGUGCCUCUCGGGGAGCGGGUGAUGCCGUCCUGUGGCGCUGGGGUGGGCUGGCCUCGCUGGUGUACAGGUGCAGAGUGCACUUGCAUGACCCUUCCUUCACCCAGGCCACCUGGAGUCGGAUGGGUAAGGGCAGGACGGAGACAAUGGCAGCAGCAGCCGGGGCAACUCAAAGCAGAGGGGCGGAAAGGCCUUCCAAAGGCCGCCGCUGUCCUCUGGGCGUGUGAGCUGCCGAAAAGGCCCGGGAGAGCCAACAGCUGGAAAGAACAUUCAGGAAAUGCAUUUGUGGAGUCACUCGCAGUUCCAGGGGCUGUGCCCCGACGGGACUGCAAGGCCCCUUGAGCGGCCGGGGCGUGGGAAGACAUUGGAGAACUGGCCACUGGCCUUGCAUUUUUCACACACAUCUGCAGCCAGCAGCCGUUUCCAAAGACUGAAUUUCAUUGUUUAGACCUUUAAAACUGCCAUUUCAACAAAAAAAGAGAUUCUCCAGGAGUUCAAGGUUUUAAAAUAACCUUAGCUUUCCACUGGGGAGAGGUCAAAAGCAAGAGUAGCAGAGAAGGGAUCCCCUCCUGCUGCCCCCGGGAUGGCCACGCUGUCCCACCUUGUUCUUCUGCAUUUCACUUGGCUCUUUACUUUGGAAGGACAACUUCCAAGUCACUUCCUCCUCCACUGGGUCACGCACACCACCCACAGAUGAACCACCUUCCUGACCACCGCUCUCCUCUCAGCCGCAGCGCCGGCGCUCCUGGCUCAGGAGCAAAGCCGGGCUACCGUUAGCAUUCCACUGCGGGGCUGUGCUGCCCACUGGGGGCUCCGGGCUGGUUUGCGCGGUGCUCCCUGCAGAGUGCCCACCGACCGCCUGGUCACUGUUUGCAGACGCCUGGACUUUAUAAAGCCGGCAGCUGCCGAAGGCAGCCACUCAGCGCGGGGCUGGCCGGGCUGCUUCCAGGGCGGCGGCCGAGGGUGUGACCUCGGCCACACCUGCCCUGCCCCCUGCCUUUUGUGGGAAGAAAUGGUAGUUUCCAGGAUGGUACACAGCUCAUUCUUGUAAAUGUUGGAAUUCACAAAAGUCACGGUAGAUUUUUACGGAAAAGUUUCUGCCUCCAUAUGUCCUUCCCCUAAAGUAACUGCAUGUUGGUAAGUAAAAACGAGAGACGUUGUGUUUGCGUUUUUCUGGUGUAGAAGAGCACGUUAACACUUGAUAGUUGUCCCAGCACAGUUCAGAGGAACGCGGACACUGCACAGCCACCGCCGUGAGCCCCCUCCUGAGGUCACAGGGACAUGGUAGGUCACAUGGACACGGCAGACCUUUUGUUUUUGUGUUUUUAAUAUUUAAUAUCAUAAGUGAACACAGACUUUCCUUUGGUAUUUUUUCCCUCAAAAGUAAUCAGAACUGGACAGAAGUGGAUUCGCUGCCGCCUCCUCCCACCUAUUUCUCUUGGAUUCAGUCUGGCACUUGUGGGCACAGCGUGGCUUUGGAGCUGCUGUUUUUAAAGAAAGCGCUUUCUUUUCACCUGGGAGACCCGGCCAGCAGUUUGGGGGUGCCAGGGAGGACUGUCCUCUCCCCAAAGGCCGAGCAGCUGCUGCACAUCGUGCUGAGAGGUUCAGUCGGUCAGCUGUAGAAAUUCGCGCACGUGAGUCCCAGGAAGGCCGCUCUGACCCUGAGAACUAGCCAGGAACGGGGUGAGGGCAGACAGCCAGGAAUGGCCAGCGGCUGGCACCUGGGGCUAGGGGCAAGAAUCCCGGCCACGCCCGGAGGAGGGCGGAGGGCCCCAGAGGAAGGCGUACCCCGAGUUCCCUGGAAACUAUUUCCCCAAACACCUCUUUUAAGCUUGUCCUUUCAGGGCUCCUCGGCAAUUGGAUUUCACUGCGUUUCUGAUGAUACAGUUUUCCAGCCUGAAUGCUUACGACGGGUUUGCACGUGCACUAAAGUGUUGCAUUUCAAGCUGCUGCCACUGGCUUAGCUGGGUUUCUGUUCCAUUCUCCCGACUCUCUUAUUUGCAGUUGCAGGUACAGAGCCGGCGUGAAAGGGCACUUGUGAUAAUUAUAUCCGUAACGGUCAAUGAUGAGGAGCUUUUUACAGACUCGUGUGUAUAAGUCAGCAGCAGAUACCACAUAUUUUUGUAGUAAAAACACCAAUUCAUGUACAGCAUGUAUCAUUGAUUAGUGGGCUGUACUUGUUUUCUAAUAAAAUUGUCAAAACCUGG